CAAGCGGGUAAUAGAUAGAGACAAGACGCAGCUCAACAAGCAUCUGUCUGCCCAGGGUAAUUACCGCCCACUAGGACCCCUGCCCGUAGGACACCCCAGCUGGCGUGGCACUAAAGCAGUGCUUCUUAUCGCCUUAUCAGCUUAACGACAACCUCGGGAGCGUCAUUGUGUGCUCACGGCCACGCCCACGUCCACUCCUGGAACAUGAGAUCUUACCCUUCGAAACCCGAUCAUACAGUCUCACCCUGAAGCAUUCAUUUCUUACCAUACACGGACCUGAUUCGAGCCCAACAUGGGGGACCACUCGGUCACCAAGAUUGACCACGCCAAUCACCUCCUCCUGGACCAACCCCUCCUCCGCCUCCCGCACGAGCUCCUCCACAAGAACUUCCGCUCCGCCCACUUCGUCAUCGAGAAACAGGGCACAUUCAUAAGGAAAGAGCUCAAGGACACCGCCAAUGCCGCCCUCAAGGGCGGGGCCAGCCCCGACGACGUCCUCCGCAACCUCGACACCAUGAUCGCCCGCGUUCGCGGCGUCAAGCGGAAGCUCGAGGGCUGCGACCAGGAGGAGUCGAGGCUGUACCGCCAGGUCGGCGCCAGGGUGAAGCACCUGUCCGACCUCGGCCACAUGCACGCCUUCGAGGACGUCAAGUACGAGCACUGGUCACGCAAGAGGCUCGACAGGCUGCUGGUCGACUACCUCAUGAGGCAGGGGUACGGCCAGAGCGCGAGGGCCCUCGCCAAGGACAAGGGCGUCGGCGACUUGGUCGAUAUCGACACGUUCGAGCAGAUGAACCGCAUCAGGCAGAGCCUGCUCAACAAGAACGUCAAGGACGCGCUGGACUGGUGUACUGAGAACAAGAAGGAGCUGAGAAAGAUGGACAGCAACCUCGAGUUCCAGCUCCGCUUCCAGCAGUACAUAGAGCUGGUGCGCACCCAGGACGACAAGCUCGUCCAGGCCAUAGACUUCGCCCGCAAGUACCUCAACCCCUUCAGGGAGAGCUUCCCGAGCGAGUGCGGCCAGGCGGCGCUCCUGCUCGCCUUCCACCCGGACGCGGCCGACGACCAGCACAGGGACAUGUACGACGCGUCCCGGUGGAACAAGCUGGCCGAGAUCUUCACCGAGACGCACAACGCCCUGCUGGGCCUCCCCUCCUUCCCCCUGCUGCACAUCGCCCUGCAGUCGGGCCUCUCGGCGCUCAAGACCCCGGCCUGCCACAGCGCCCAGGCCAGCUCCUCGUCCACCCCGUCCCACCACACCAGCCUGACCAGCUCCGUCUGCCCCAUCUGCUCCACCGAGCUCAACGAGCUCGCCCGCAACGUCCCCUACGCCCACCACACCCAGAGCCACGUCGAGCCGGACCUCAUGCUGCUGCCCAACGGUAGGGUUUACGGGCAGGCCAAGCUGGACGAGUACUCGCGCAAGGCCGGUCUGCCGCCGGGCAAGGUCAAGGACUUGCGCACGGGGGAUGUAUACACCGAGGACAAGCUCAAGAAGGUGUUUAUCACCUAGCCUUGUUUAGUUAGUUACCGGGGCCGUCCAAGAGCGACGUGUGUGGCGCGCACACCCGGAUCGGACCACGGGACCCCAUCCCCGUUCAUUUUCUUUUCUCUCUCUCUCUGUUUCAUAGCAUAGCGGUACGGAAUCUUUUUCCUUUGGAGGGUUGUGAUGUCGGCGUUUCUGGCAUUAAUAGGAAAUUCAAAUAAGGGACACCUACAAGGUGAUAAGCUGUAAGGCAGCGGUGUAACAUCAUAGCAUCACAGAUGAGCAGAAGUCAUAAGAGUCUGACCAUCAGGUUUUCUAUUGCCAAUGGUCACAUAUCAAGGAACAGGACACACAGAAUCCUACGUUCACUUUCCACUGUUGAAUAUCUUUCUUGCUCAUGAGAAUGCAUAUAUUCCGC